GCGAGCUCCGACGGUGUAUUUGUUUUGAUGAACUUUUUUUCAUAGACUUUCUUCUCUGUUGUAUACACACAAACCUAUAUUUCAUAUAGGUAUAUAAAAUACUGAACUCGUCGGUUAUCGUUCGACAAGUGUCCUCCUAGCAUCUGGUGACUGUGAGCUUUGUGUAUAAUAUACAGUGGCACAGCUGCUAUUUGCAACCUGUCGCGGUCUAUCACUAAUCCACGCACACUAAUCGUUAAAAUUGUUAUUGUCUUGUAACAUUUUCUUUUAAAUUUAAAAACAGUACUAAAUUUCUAGUGUUUUGUCGCGCUUUUGUCAUCGGUUAAAUUUAUGUUUUAACGUCUUGGUGACGUGUAAGCCAUUAGCCGCACGCGUAGAACAAUGAGUUCUAAAAAACCAAGUACAUGGACAGUGUCGUUGUCCAGAAACAGCACAACCCAGCCAUGGGGAAUCCGUUUAGCAGGAGGUGCUGAUCUCAAUACACCAUUAGUCAUCACAAAGGUGUACGCUGGAACAGUAUGUGACCAAAAGCUUAGAGUUGGAGACAUUAUUAAAAAAGUUGAAGACUAUGAUGCAAGAGAUUUAAGACAUAUAGAUGCCCAAAACUUAUUUGGCAAUGCAGAAAAAAUUACCCUUGUCAUCCAAAGGGAAGCUCCAAAUUUUGUACCUAGCCCCAACCCUUUGAUACCAGAAAUAAAACGUUUUACUCCGUCGCCAAUAUGCACACCAAUAAAUGGAAAUUAUGGUUAUGAACGAACUGCACAAUCACAAGUUAACAAUUUUUGUCGUUUUCCGCCAGCAUUAAUCGAUUACAGUGGUAAUGAAGAAUCCAAUGACCCUACUAUUGAGGAACAACCGUACAGGACAAAUCCAUUAGUGUUGCCGGGGGCCAAGGCCAAAAGAGAUCAGCCAAAGGCUGAAUCGUAUUUGCGUCAUCACCCAAACCCUAUGAUGAGAGGACAUCCGUCGUGGCACGAACAACCAAUGGAUACGCUGAGAAAACAAAAGGCUACGGAUAAUGUGUUGCAUCGGAUAAACAAUGAGGAAUCCAAGUCAAGACCUGGUAGACAGUUUGUACACUCGCAAUUCAACACUCCAAUUGGUUUAUACUCUGAUGAAAAUAUCGCCAACUCAAUCAAAACGCAAACCGGAUACACUCCGUACAAGAAGACAGUGCAGUUCGACCCGGCCAAGUCCGAAACAUACAGGGCAAUUCAAGAAACGGAACAUGGCAGUCACGAUCACCGUGAAGUCAUUAUUCCUAUUCAGAAAGCAUACUCUCCUGUCCAGGGAUCUGUCAAGAAAGCAACUGUUAACAGCAACUACAGUCAUAACCGAUUGUCUGCGCCACAUCAUCCAAAUCCAGGACGCUCUUCUCCACAACCUCACCCUACUGCACCACAUCCAAACCAUGAUUAUGUUUCUACUGACGAAAUCCACCAAAGCGGAAGUUUCAAGCGUUUGAUGAACAUGGUCAUGACCGAAAAUUAAAAUAAAGACCAAUCAAUAAAGAUUCUGAUUAUUAUUUUUUAAUGAUAAUGUGUCAAUAUAAUUGUUCAUUUAUAACCGUAUUGUUUAACAUUUUUCUCUUUUUAUAUCAUCAUAUUUAUCUGUAAAUAUUAGCAACAUAUUAUUGUCGCUGGCAUUAAUAAGAUUAUUUUUUACUGUGACUAAUAUAAUAUUGUAACGUUAUUUGCAUCUAUUGAAAAAUGAGUGUAAUAUCUAGUCACUUAUUUGUAAAAACGUAAGACUAACAAAUCAUAAACAGUUAUAAUAAUUAUGUUAUAUACUUUUACUAUAGAUAAUAAUGUUAUUUAUUAAAUAAAGUCCCGUUAUUUAUUUA